UCACACAGGAACCAGCGAGCCUGACAAAUCAAGAUGGCGUCCCACGGCAGACCAGGAAAGAGAUUCCAUAAUAAAUAAAACAUAUUCGGCUCUAAUUCGAAUCGAAGCGGCGUACCAGUAGGAAACAGAGUCACAUUUGUAAGAGCAAAAACGGAGCGGAUACAGUGUACCUAAAUGGCUACAAGGAAGUCUGUAUCGGAUGCAUACAACAAUGGACCCAUCAGCUACCUUGAUGAUGUUCCCUUCAAGGUCAAUGAAAAGUUUCGCUGCCCUGCCAAAGUGGGUCUGCCUGUUGGCUUUUGUCCACCAGACUGCAGCUAUUUGUUGGCAGACACAAAGUAUGACUUUUCUCUGGAAAAUCGGAGUGUACGGUGGGGGAUUGAACUGGCUGAGGCCCGAGCAGCAGAGGCUCGAGCAGAAGAGGUCACAGCCCAACAGGAGGCCGAAGACUCGGCUCAAGCGCAGGACGUUAACGGCAGCGGAGGAAAGCCACAGUCUGCUCUAGACGACCAGGACCCUCCCCCGCCAGCAAUGAACCCUGUUCUGGCAGGACUGAGCCACGGUGCUAUCCUAACUCCUCUUCCUGCUCCAAGUCUUGGUCCGAGGAAAAUCCAACCGAGCACUCCUCAGCCGCAUAGCCUCAACCUUGCUGACUUUGAGCGGGAAGAGGACCCCUUUGACAAGCUAGAGCUUAAAACAUUGGACGAUAAAGAGGAGCUUAGAAACAUUCUCCAAAGCCAGCCUCAACCUGCUCCUUCUGUAUCUCCACCAGAAGUGUCCCAGCUGGGGCCCACGUCACGUGGAAACAGCCCAUCUCCUCCCACCAACACCAGCCUCCCAGCCAAACCUGGCUUUGCCCAUAAACCCAAUGGCUUAGUUUCCCUACUCGAUAUGGACAAAGUUGGGCAUCAUGGGAGAUCAGGAUAUGAAGCAGAAGAUCGACCCUGCAACAUACGCUCUCUGACUUUUCCCAAACUUUCGGAUUCUGGUGAUUCCGAUCCAGUAAGAUACAGCCCAUUCCCUGCACCCAUCCCUGCCCCCCGACACAACCUACCCAAUGGCAGCCCCCCAAUUCUACCCAAAUCCCAAGUCAUUGUUGCCCCUGAGCCGCUCAGCCUUGACAAGGGUGGCGGACCCAAACCGGGAAACUCUGUGUCAGGCUCUGCUGGUUUGCCAUGUGGAGGGGCCCUGCUUAGCAUGACCCCCAGCGAGCGUCAAUGUGUAGAAACCCUGGUCGGCAUGGGGUAUUCUUAUGAGGGUGUUCUUCGGGCCAUGCAGAGACAAGGGCAGAACGUGGAGCAGGUACUGGAUUAUCUCUUUGUCCAUGGACGAUUGUGUGAGCGAGGCUUCGAUGCAAGCGCAGUGGAGGAAUGUUUAGAGAUGUACCAAUGCUCAGAAGAAAAGGCAUUGCAGUUUCUUGAGCUCAUGUCAAGAUUUGGCGAGAUGGGAUUCAAGCGGGAAGCCAUCAAAGAAGUGCUACUGGUCCACAAUAACGAUCAGGACAAGGCACUCGAGGACCUGAUGGCUCGGGCCGCAGCGAGCUGAGCAACGAGUGCUGGGCCUGACUCCUGUUAGUACCCUCCACAGCCCCCUUUCUUCCUGCCACACCAUGCCCUGCCACAUGUGCUGUGGGAGGGCCCGGCACUUCUUUAAGACUGUGCCAAGAGCAUCAAUACGUCACAGCAGUAUUUUUUGUUGUCGUUGGAAAUAAAGCCAACUGGUACUGCUCGGAUAAUAAGGAGUGGGGUGGAGAAUUUGGGCUGUGGCAAGUUUAUAUUUGCUUCCACGUGGAAGUGUUGAGCAGGUAAAGCUGCAGGCCAGAGUUGUGAUGAGGUAGUCACUCAUAAAACUGCAUAACAGCUGAGCUGCCAUCUUCCACUGCUCAGUGCACAUUUCCAGUCAGAAGUGGUGGAGGCUUUCUGGAAACAAAGCAGUCAAAAACCAGUCUUUUGAAUUUGGAUUGAGGAUUUCCAUCCUAGGUCUUCAAAAAUAAGCGAUGCUACCUGAACUAGUUCACUCUUCUACCUGCACUGGAAAUAAUAACCCCUCUUGAUAACCUACACCCUGCUGGCAUGGACCCACAUUAAGAUAUUUAAAACCUACACUGACACUUUUAUUUCAACACAUAGUUUGAUGUAAUGUAAGCUAUAAUCAUUUACUUUAAGCAGCAUACUGGAAACAUGUGAAUGGCCGUGGGAAAUACAGUACAGGCCACACCUUCUCCUCAUUCGUCUUUAUGUUCAUGACUAUUUACAUUGUAGAUUGUCACAUCAGAACUAUGAAUGAACACAUGUGGAGUUAUGUACUUAACAAAAAAAAUUGAAAUAACUGAAAACAUGUUUUAUAUUCUAGUUUCUUCAAAAUAGCCACCAUUUGCCCUGAUUCCUGCUUUGCACACUCUUGGCAUUCUCUCCAUGAGCUUCAAGCACACUUGUGAAGUGAAAACCAUUUCAGGUGACUACCUCUUGAAGCUCAUGGAGAGAAUGCUAAGAGUGUGCAAAGGGUGGCUAUUUUGAAGAAAUUAGAAUGUUUUCAGUUAUUUCACCUUCUUUUGUUAAGAACAUAACUCCACAUGUGUUCAUUCAUAGUUUUGAUGUAAAUAGUCAUGAAAAUGCAUUGAAUGAGAAGGUGUGUCCUGUACAUAUGUUCAUGUUUUGUUUGUUUCCCAGCCACAUUACAGUGCAAUAGAGACACUUCAUGUUCUAUAACUUUGAGCCCCUCUAGUUGUUGGGAGAUGAAAUAGUCUUGCUGGAAAUUUGGAUGUAACUAAAACUGUUUUGAUUUAAGUUCCUUAUUGAAUUCCAUCAUUGGAUCCAAAUAAUCAAACAUGGCUUUUGUUGGUUGGCAUAUUCAUACAUGUAUUUUUUAAACAGGCAAUGAGUAA